GCUACAGCAUCAACAGAAACACAAGUCAAUUCAAUCGAUUGCAUUAUCAAUAAAUACUUUGAAAAAGUUAAGGAUAUAAAAUUGUUAAGGAUAUAUAUAUAUAUAUACAUAUAUAAAAGGAUUAAAUAUAUAUAAGAUAUAACGUUUUAAAGUUAAUAGAAAGGAGACGUUUUAAAUUUCUGCACAAUUAAUGUACAUUGAAAAGUCCAUAACAAAAAUUUAAAACGUAAUUAUGAAUAAACUACUAAUUUAUUUCCUGUUGCUGACAGUGCUCAUAUAUAAAGUUAUUUCCGUACCAACGCAAACACAAACAGAGGUUCCUCAAGAUGACGAAGAUGAUGAUUGGGACGAAGAUGACGAUUCGUCUGAAGUAGAUGAUGAUGGUCGCGUCUAUAAGAACCCCAGAAACUCACCAUCAACAGAAUGUCCAAGGGAUGAAGAGCAAGCAACAUUACUUGGACAGAAAUGUUUGAGGAAAUGCUCCUCGGAUGAGGAUUGUAAGAGUAAAAAGAAAAAGUGCUUGUGUGACGGCGUAUGUGGAAUGUCUUGUAUUAAGCCAGAUAGAGAAUGUCCUGAAUUGGCUCAACCAUCACUGGGACAAGUUUCGGUCGGAGGCAGGCAUUUUGGCGCACGUGCCACAUAUUCAUGCCCACAUGGCUAUCAUGUUGUUGGACUACAGAGUCGCUUAUGUCAAGCCGAUGGCAAUUGGGCUGGCGCUGAACCAGCUUGCAAGCAAAAUAUCUACUGUCUCAAGCCACCACAAAUAGAGCACGCACGCCAUUCUGCACUGCCCGAGCAGGAAACUUUCGAUUUGGACUCCACCGUACAAUAUCAUUGUCACACUGGUUACGUUACAAAUGGUUUUCCACGCGCUAAAUGUCUAGCUAUCGAUGGUCAAGCUAGCUGGUAUGGACCGGACAUACAAUGCGAACCAAGAUCAUGCGGACAGCCACCAGAUCCAGCUUAUGGCUGGCAUGCUGGUGAAUGUUACACUUUCGGCUGUAAGAUUAGUUACAAUUGCGGCAAUACCUAUGAGUUGGUGGGUAAACAUGAGCGCUACUGCCAAUCUGAUGGAUCUUGGGUGCCAAAAGAACUGCCCACAUGUGUCUUGGUCACAUCUGUUGUCUGCCCCACGCCGGAGAAUCCACGAAAUGGCAAAGCUACAUACACGACUAUGGCCUACAAUUCGGUGGUAAGUUAUGAAUGCCGUUACGGUUACACUUUGGUUGGAGAAACUAGUAGUAGAUGUGGUGCGGAUCGUAAGUGGAGUGGCACUUUACCAACUUGUAAAGAAAUUAACUGCGGCCAUCCCGGUGUGCUAUAUAAUGGUUGGAUUGAAAAUAUAGAAGCUGGUACCGGACUCGGUGCGAGUAUUAUAUUCCGCUGUCAACCGGAUAUGUUAAUACAAGGACAUUCGUCAAGUGUGUGUCAAAUAGACGGCCGUUGGCGAAAUCCAUUGCCCGAAUGUUUGGCACCCUGCGUUGUGCCAUCCAUAUCACAGGGUUAUGUAAUACCUGUCGAGAUUAUAACUGAUGAAAAUGGCACCACGAUUAUAACGCCAACCACCACGCAAACCCCAUCAACAUCAUCGUCGAGUAGUGGGGGUGUUGAAAAGGUUAAACAUGGCACAGCUUUGGAGGUAAAAUGUGACGAAAAUUAUGAAUUUCCAGUUUCAUUAUUAAGUCCACCGACAUGUAAUAACGGUACCUGGAGUAUUAUACCACGCUGUGUGCCGGCACGUUGUAAAAAUAUGCCCAAACCACCUAAACACGGCAUGGUGCUCGCACCAAAGACAGAGCAUGGCAUGAAGGCUAGAUUUAAAUGUAAGGAUGGUUGGAAACUCAUUAGCCCCGAGGGUAAAGACAUUACCGAUCCAAAUGAAUAUGUGCUAACAUGCUCGUUCGGCAACUGGACGGGCGAGACACCACAAUGUCAGGAAGUGUUUUGUUCAUUUCCUGGCUAUAUACCAAACGGCAAAGUGUUGUUGGUGGGUAACAUGGGUCUUUACGAUUACAGGCCAUAUGUGAAAAAGAUCGUCAAUAACAAACAGAUAAUGUAUGAUUGCGAUAAAGGUUAUGUGCUGGAAGUGGGACCACCGGGUGCUACAUGUGUCGGUGGCAAAUGGCGUCCAUUGGAGUUACCACAAUGCUUACUCGGCCAGCAUCCAAGACUUCGUUGGAACCGUAAACGACGAUCGAUUGAAAUGCGUUACCUACGUUCACAGUAUCUGCUACGUAAUAAAAGGGAAUUACAAAGGAAAUUGCAUGAGAUAUUCAAUGGAAACUUAUAUGAACCAAUUAAGUCGCUUAGCAGAGACAUCACCAGCAGCCCUAAGGUCCGAAUCAAACGAACUCCAUCCGAGAUCGAUCAAGCAUAUUCAAAAUACUAUCAGAAGAUCAAGCAAAAAUAUCAAAACUAUGUAAAGAAUUUACUAGGCUACAGCAGAAUACACAACACGGAAGAUUUUCAAAAUCCCGCCAAUUUCAUACAGGUACAAGAUGGACGUUGGUACAAUACCUACAGCAAUCCCGAGCUAGUCACCCGUUACAAAGCCACACACAAAUCACGUACAUCGAAUAAUGACUUUUUAAGUCUCGAAAACGACGAACACGAUAUGCUGGCACAUCGACCGUUUGUCAAGAUACCACUACCAAAUAUUAAUCAGAAUUCUCGUUAUAGCGCCCAUAAACCAACUACCAAUGAGAAUGUCUUUUACGACAGCAACUCACCAACUUAUUUUUUUCACAAUUUGCGACAAAUACCGAAACCGCAAAAUGACACAAAUUUAAUAGAGCAACUCAAAUCACAAAUUGUGCGCAGACGUCGCAGCACCAAUCAGUCUACGCCAAUACCACAGGCACCAGAUGAAGACACCAACGAUCAAUUGGAAUCGAAAGAAGGUAGAAAACGUUUACGCGGACCAUGCGAGGAUCUAAAUUGGGAGCAAUUUGCCAAUAUAACAGUUGUUAGACCCGGCAAAGCGCCCGGUCGCAAUAGUGUCGGCAUUAUGUUGUACUUGGAAUGCAACGCUGGUUUUAAGCUGAAUAUUAAAGGCGAAAAUGCGACAGCACGUUGCAUACGUGGUAUUUGGAAACCUGAUACGCCUAAGUGCCUUUCAGGUAAUGCCCAGGAAACACCUUGUCUGGUGCCAGCCGUGGAAAAUGGCAAAUAUUUCAAAGUGGAUGCGAGUACAAAAAUGCUCGCCGACAAGCCUUCUAUGACACCGCUAACGACAUACGAAGAAAUUGACUCCAGCGAAUUCAUAACACUCGAAUGUGAUGAUGGUUUCAAUAUACAGGGCUCAGCACAAUUGCGUUGCGCACAUGGCAGUUGGUCGGUGAAUGCGUUCUCCGAAUGUGUCUCCAUACCUUGUACCCUACCGGCUCUAGCCGGCGUUAUAUACGAGGGUGGCUACCGACCUGGACUCACUAUUGGACAUGGCAGUACAGUGAGUGCACAUUGUGAUCAUUCAACCAAUGCGAUGCCCAUCGAAAUGAGUUGUAACAAAGGCAUAUUGAAUCCACAAUCCAUACAUUGCGAAACGGGUCAACGUAAAUCACGUGAGGAAUUGCCCACGGAAGCGCAUGCAAGUGGAAAAUCGAAUAAUAUUUUGGCAGUGAAAAUUGAUAAUUCCGAAGCGGAAGAUGCGGUAAAUGGAACAGAAGAAAAUGUCACUGAGGAAUCGAAAAUGUGUGGCCCACCCAGCAUAUCCGAUGGCGCAUUGGUAUACAAAAACACUGAUCUAUCCGAUGUCGAAGGUGUAUAUGAAAGCGGUACCGAAAUAUUCUUUAAUUGCAUUCCUAGUGCCGCUGGCGAAAGAAAUACAUGGAAAAUUAUAUGCGAAAAUGGUCAAUGGAUUGGACGAUCCUAUAAUUGUGCAAAUGGCACAUGUUUGUUUAAAAAUAAUGAGCCAAACGUUGUUAGUUUCUAUAAUGAUCUUGAAAUUCGGGAAGAUGUUGUGGAAUUUCCACCGGGUGCUACUAUAAUAUCAAGAUGUGUCGACAUUGGUAAGUUCUCUAUGGUUGGAAGCAAUGAACGAACUUGUAUACAUUCCGAGUGGACUGGUAACAAACCUGCUUGCUAUGGGCUUAACCAGGAAAAUGAUUAUGCAAUGGAAAAGGCGCCAACUAUUUUAUUCCGACAUCAGAAUGGACCGAUUGCGCAAAGUAAUGAUGGCAAGCUCAUUGUAUACCCUGGCACAACUUUACACAUGGAAUGCCUUUGGAUGAGACGUUUCGGUAAUCCAAAAUGGAACGUUAGCCAUGAGUUUAGAAAUUACUCCGAAGGUUGGGUUACUGAAGCUGAUGAGGGUCGUGACGCCACGCUAGAAUAUCGUUUAACCAUAUUUAAUGCCAUCGACGAGGACACUGGUGUAUACUCUUGUCAGACACCGGCUAGGCACGAGCACUCUGUCGAAGUGGUUGUUAAGUCGAUUAAUUGCCCAGAGAUACCGCAGCGGCGGGGUCUUAUCGUAAAUACAAAUGAUACAAAGCUGAGUACACGUGCUUUGCUCUCUUGUGCAAAUGGUAAUUCAUUGAUUGGCGCAUCAGAACUAUUUUGUCUACCCAGCGGUAAUUGGAGUGCGCCACUACCAGUUUGUGAGAGUGUUGAAUGUGGCGAUAUUCCUUUACCGAAUAAUAUAAGUUCACCAAGAGUUGCGGUUUUAUCACGUGAAGUUGGCGGCCGAGCAGCAUUUUCUUGUGCUUCAGGUUAUGGUCUACGUGGUCCUACUGAGGCUAUCUGCUUGCCGACUGGUGAAUGGGCAACACCCUUCCCCACUUGUGUUGAAGUGCAGUGUGAAGAUCCCGGCGCCCCACUUAAUGGUUAUGCGCAGGGUUCAGCGCCAUAUCGUGCAGGAGAUGUUGUACAAUUCAAUUGUAAUCCAGAAUAUAUGAUGCAAGGGCAACCGAUAAUAGCAUGUCAGGAUAAUGGACGUUGGUCAGGCGGCUUGCCGAAAUGUGUUCAGGCGUGUUCAUAUCCUGGUACGGCUAUCAGCGGUCGCAUGUCUUCUGUCAAAUUUUAUUAUGCAAUUGGUGAGAGUAUCACAUUCACCUGCGAUGCUGGCCUUGAACUACGGGGCUCAAAAGUGCUCAAGUGUUUGAAAAAUGCAAAAUGGUCCAGUGCUAUACCUACAUGUGUCACAGCUGAUCAAGUGAAUAAACAUCAGAAUAUUAUGGGCUAACAGGGAAAAGUUCAACGAUAAUUUCGCCCUGAUGAUUAAAAAGUUUUUAAAUUCCUUCCGAAAAAAUAUAUAAAAAAAUUGAAAAACAUGUCGAUUGGAUUAUAAACGCUUAGCGUUUUUAAUAAAAUAAUAAUAAUUAAGAAUUAAAAAAGAGGUGUACA